UUGAGUCUUUAGAUACCUUAUUGAAAGCUCAAUUAUCGCUUGGACCUCAGAGGGGAGCUCCAGUUGCAAAUGACUUUUCUUCGAUCGGAACCAUCUCAACUCUAGGCAGCACAUAUGAUGCUUCUGCAUACCAUCCUGACCCUCGGGGCAGCACUCGUGGCCCAGUAUGAGGUGCUUGAUCGUCAACCCCUCAGCUUCGCGGCGAUACCAGAUGGCACUUAUAUUGCUCCCAAACCAUACAAUGUGACUGCCCUGCUCGAUUUCAUCCGGUCGAGGGAGGACCUCUCAGUUCUAGCUUCUGUCGUGGAGCGGGCGGGGGGUCGGUUGCCCUGGAAUCCGCGGCCGAGAAAAUCAAAAGGGAGACGAAGCUGACUCCCUAGUUAUGUUAUUUAUACCUGUCGACGGACCAUAAAAAGACUCCAGACCGGGACGUUCCUGUACAUUGGAACUAGGAUCGUGA